GUUUUGAUUGGACGGCUGUUGAGACAUGGCCGAAACAACGGGAGAGGGACCUGAAGGAGCACCAUUUUUUAACAAAGACAGAAUUAAAAACAGCCCCGAGGAAGAGGCCAAGCUGGAGAGGAAGCAUUUCUGGAGAAUAAUCGAUGCUUUUAGAUUGUACAGGGUCAACGUCCAGGAGCAGGUCAAGCGUGCCGAGCGUCAGUUUCUGAGCCUCCCGAAGCACCACCAGGAUUUGCUGCCAGAUGUUUUGUCCAACCUGGCCCGGAUCAGCCAGUGUGCGGACCACAACCAGGACAUUAUGCAGGCCAUCAUUCACAACAGCCUCCACAUGUUUGAGAACAUUGAGUACGGCGAGAGGGAGGAUCCGCGGAAGGUGCGUCCCUCUUCAACGUUUGACAUGGACAAACUUAAGUCCACCAUAAAGCAGUUUGUCAGAGACUGGAGCGAGACUGGCCGGAAAGAGAGGGAGACCUGCUACAAGCCGAUCAUCCAAGAGAUCCAAAAAAUAUUCCCAAGCGACCAAUGUGAUGUAUCUAAGGUGAGCGUGCUGAUUCCGGGCGCUGGACUCGGCCGUCUAGCCUGGGAGAUAGCACGUCUGGGUUACAUCUGCCAAGGCAACGAAUGGAGCUUCUUCAUGCUCUUCUCUUCAAACUUUGUUCUCAAUAGGUGUGAAAACGUGAACUCUCUGACCCUGUACCCCUGGAUCCACCAGUUUAGCAACAACAAGAAAUCCUCCGACCAAACACGACCAAUCACAUUCCCCGAUGUCAACCCUCAGAGCUUGCCACUAGAUGCAGACUUCUCCAUGGUAGCUGGUGACUUUGUGGAAGUGUACAGGGACCCAGAUUCCUGGGACUGUGUGGCUACCUGCUUCUUUAUAGACACAGCUCAUAAUGUCAUUGAGUAUGUAGAGACUAUCUGGAAGAUUCUUAAGCCUGGUGGAGUGUGGAUCAACCUGGGUCCGCUGCUGUACCACUUUGAGAACAUGGCCGACGAGCUGUCAGUUGAACUUAGCUACGAAGACAUCAGGACAGCGAUUGUCAACUAUGGCUUCCAUAUAGAGGUGGAAAAGGAGUCAGUUCAGACCACAUACACGGAGAACGACCACUCCAUGUUGAGAUACAUUUACGACUGCGUCUUUUUUGUGGCACGAAAACCUGCAGACGUGUACUGUAACGGUCGAGAAGAAGAAGAUGACCAUCUACAGAGCACCCCACCGGCUGCUAAGUCCCCACGACGAGAAAGUACUGACACCAUGACGUGACAGGAAAUCAUUUGGCAAAAACAAUUAACUUAGAGGCAUACAACCAUUGACUGAGCGAAGACGAGACCAACAAAAUGAAAAAGAAAACGGAUACAGAAGGAAAAAAAAGCAGUGGACUAAUACUUUCUUUUUUUCUGAUUCAUUUGGAAAUCACCAUUUCAUCUAAAACAUCUAAAUACUCCACAUCUCUUUCUACCUGGGUUUGAGGAGUCAUUUACACUUGCUUGCCUUUUGCUUAAGUUGCUUGUGUUCCACUUUGACUGCCUGGGCUCUUACUAAUUCUCAUUUCCAUUGACUUUCACUGCCUGAGUGUGUGUGUGUGUGUGUGUGUGUGUGU